GCCAAUAACAGUUGUCGCGCCUGCAUCUUUUGCAGACGGGACCAAAGCUGGGGCAAUGAUGGGGGGCCCCGGUCAGGGUGGCAAGCACUGCCCGAACGCGACCGGCGCUGAGGAUUUCGAAGUGCACACGACUCCAGGGAAGAGGACGCGCCAUCCAGUGACGACUAAGAAGCGCUCGAAGAAGCCCGGCACAGAGCCCUGGUGCGACGAAGCGGAAGACGAGCCGACGACGCCGCAGCUGCCGUGUCGCACCAGACCGGGAGGCCACGAAGCGACGUCCUCCACGCAGCAAGGGAACACGUCUCAGACGGCGAGCACAAUUGUCCGGACAGAACAAAAGACGCCAACGAAGGAGACAACGACGUCAGCGAGCACGGCCACUUCAGGGGGUGUGGCUAGCAGCACUACCGCUGUCUCACCGAAGAGGCGCACGCCUGGUUUCCCGGUGGUCGAAGAGGAGACCAUUCCACCCGCUGUUGAGCCGAAGACGCGUUAUCGGCGCAGUACCAGCACUGCCAGCACAGUCGCCAGCACAGAGUCCACCACAACUACCACGACCCGGACGCCCCUGGUGUGCACCGUGGGCGGCGGCGUCCUCGCGUUCACCGCUUACCCAUCGCCGGCCAUAUGCAGCUACGUGUUCUACACGCACGUUCUUGUCUCCGGCGGGAAGCUGCGAGGCUCCGAGUCCGGCGAAGGCUUGCAGGACUUUGUGCGCUCGCUCAGGGAGGACGAGUUUUCCGGCUAUCCCGGUGGCGUAUCCUUCGACGCACGGUACCUCAAUGCAACGUCGCUGGAUCACGGUGCAGUCAAGUUGGAACUGGAGGAGCUGGCCGCCCAUAAUAUUAGACACUACGGCAUCCUCAACAUUAUCUCUGUACCGAGUUACAUGCCUACGCUUGUGACCACUGUCGGAGCUGUUGUGACGAAACUGAGGCAGCUGCAGGGAGGUGACCGAUCCGCGCACCUCGUGCUUGCGUCAGGCAUCUGGAACUACAACCAGUCCGGCGCCUGGGCCGUCUACCAGGAGCAGUUUGGUGUGAUGGCCAACUAUGACGUGGACAUCGUCAUCAGCAUCAGCAGCGUGCGAACCAUGCCGUUGCACGAGCGUUGCCAGGUGGCGCCAACAACCGUCUGGAAUACAACUAGCGCCGCCUACCCGGGUUUCGACAAGCAUGCGACGCUGCUCCUCAACUCGACAACGUACCCGCGCCCCGACCUCUACGUGGGGCUGUCCUUCGAGAUGGGCGUCCUCCUGUACCAGCUGAAGGACCCAUCCACGCCUCGGGAAAGGGUGCCAUACGCGCCCUGCACCGAUUUUGCGUUGGUCGGGUACGAGCAGGUGUGUGACCCAAACGUGAGCCUAAGCCGGAUGGACGAGUUGCCGGCGGAGUUCGGAGCGAGCUCGUCUUCUGUCUUUUUCUACGACAGCUGGGAGACCAUGAAGCGCAAAGUAGACAGCGUGAUGAAGCUUCCGGUACGCAAGAAAAUUGCGUGGCUGCUGUUCGACACACACCUCUCUGACGUUACUUGGGACUGCACCGAGGCCAAGGAGCGAGAGGAGGCAUUCCAGGAGUACAUAGCAAACUUCGGCUGACGUCAUACGCGUCCCUUUGCCAAACAGGCCGGAGUAGUAAAUGAAAAACAAAUAUUACGAAGAGAUUCUUCGGGUCAUUAGUAUUGGUUUGUUUGCUUUUUUUACUUUAUUCGUGUUCUGGGAAUUACCUAUGUCCUGGGCCAACGAGAUUGGCGAGUCUAUAUAAA